AUGACUUCGCUAAAUGAAUUAAUGAAGUUCGGAAAAGAACUCGGGUUAACGGGAGAACACCUGCAAGAAUUCAUAAGAGAUGAACAAAGUAAAGAACGUGAAAGGUUCGAGUUAGAACGUGAAGAAAGAGCGAAGGAAAGAGAAGCAAGAAAAGAGGAAUUGGAAAUAGAAACUAGAAUGAAAGAACUAGACCUGGAAAAACUAAGAUUACAAGUGCAAAGUGAAGAAAGUGAGAAAUUCGAAGUGAAACCCGAUGUUUUUAAACCAGCACUUCCGAAACUGCCUGUGUUCAACGAGGCAAAUGACAGUAUAGACGCGUACAUACUCCGGUUUGAGAGACUAGCAACAAGCGCCGGAUGGGACCGGGAUGUAUGGGCGGUCAGCUUAGCCUCCUUGUUGCAAGGGAAAGCGCUCGAGACGUACCAGCAUCUCUCGCCAGUGGAAGCGCGUGACUUCGAGCGGGUGAAAGAAGCGCUGCUCAGAUGUUUUCAGUGCACGGCCGAGGGCUAUAGACUCAGAUUCCGUAAUUCUAAGUUUCACAAAAAUGAAACUGCUUCGCAAUUUGCAAAUAGACUAAAGAACAAUCUAACAAGAUGGAUUGAACUCGCGGGUUGUAAACAAACUUAUGUUGACGUAUACGAUCUUGUGCUCACUGAACAAUUCCUAAGUGCGUGCGAUAAAAGCAUGGUGUUAUUUUUAAAGGAGCAUGAUUUUCAAACAUUUGAUCAGAUGAUAAAAUAUGCGGAAUUGUAUAUGGAAGCGCAUGUAAAUUAUGGUAGGAAAGAUAGAGAGGGUCAUGAGAGGAGUGCGACAGGUCGUGCGAGUGCAAAUAUCAACUCUACGUCAGGUGUGAAUAGGGGCGAGGAAAGGAUGAAAGGCGGAACGCGUGCUUGUUUCGUGUGUGGACGAGCUGAUCACCUUGCCAAGGAUUGCUAUAACAGGUUCGGAGGAUCAAAGUACAAAGAUAGUAAAGGUGUAAGAUCUAAUGUUGAAAAAGCAGCAAUGCCUCAUUAUGGUGAUAAAUUAAUGAUUGCAAGAGGUAAGGUGGAAGGUGUGUGUGUUGACGUGUUUCGUGAUCCUGGAUGUACGACGGUGCUAGUGAAAGAUAGUUUGGUGCCCAAAAGUAAGCUCACGGGUAGAAUGGUUGACAUAAGGAUGGCCAAUAACAUGGUAUUUAAGUAUCCAGAAGCUUUUAUCAGUGUAGAUACUCCAUUCUUUACUGGUAAUUCAUUAGCUGCUUGUCUGCCGGAUCCUAGAUAUGACUUGGUGAUCGGGACGAUUGAGGGAUCGAGUGAUGGAGGAAUGAGUGUGCAGGUGAGUGCGGUCACGACAAGAUUGCAGAAGAGAGAGGAGGAAAAGUGUGAACGAGGUCAGUCAAGGCUUAAAGUAAGGGAUGUAUUAAAACACAUUAAAAACAGGGACAUUGCUAAGUUCUACUAUGGGAACUCGUGCAUGAAAGCGCAGUUCCCAUGA